CCGCUUGACAUGUGGGCGCCCCUCCAUCUUCAGUGCCGACAAGAGCUCCGCUCUUUCCGCAUCACGCAGUCGUCUGCAGCGGCCUGACCUCCGUGAACCUACUGCUUCCUCCUUUUCAGUUUUCAUGGCGAUGAGGAGAGAGGGAAGGCGGCAUACACACUCACAUUGUCCCGUUACAGCCAAGAGACGCUUCGUCGAUUAAAUAACGCGCAGCACAGGCCCGCUCUGGCUUGCGGCGGUCCGGACCAUAUGUAAGACCUGAUUUGCUGUGACGGCAUGGAAAGGAAUCCUUGACUGGAAACGACAGACAGGCAGUGAGGAACAGACCGAUUGACCGACAGCGUUGUUUUCCUGGUUUUGUGGAUUGAGCGGUUGUUUUUCCUCCUGUCCUGAGUGAGGCGCUGUGUAGAGAUCUGUACGGCACUGCCCUGGCCUGGGUGAAAACUGCCCGUCGAUGGCUCUGAUGGACAAGCUCAAAGUCAAGCGGCAGAGACUGGACCGCAUCUGCGAAGGCAUCCGCCCCCCCAUCCUGAACGGCCCUAUGCACCCGCGCCCCCUGGUGGCGCUCCUGGACGGGCGGGACUGCACCGUGGAGAUGCCCAUCCUGAAGGACGUGGCCACGGUGGCUUUCUGCGACGCCCAGUCCACCCAGGAGAUCCACGAGAAGGUGCUGAACGAGGCUGUGGGGGCGCUCCUAUACCACACCAUCACACUGUCCCGGGACGACCUGGACAAAUUCAAAGGCCUCCGAAUCAUCGUCAGGAUCGGCAGCGGGUUCGACAACGUGGACAUCAAGGCAGCGGCUGAACUGGGCAUUGCGGUGUGCAACGUCCCGGCGUGCUCUGUGGAGGAGACGGCGGACACGGCGCUGUGCCUCAUCCUGAACCUGUACCGCCGGGUCACCUGGAUGCACCAGGCGCUGCGCGAGGGCACGCGCGCCGGCAGCGUGGAGCAGAUCCGCGAGGUCGCCGGGGGCGCCGCCCGCAUCCGCGGGGAGACGCUCGGCAUCAUCGGGCUCGGACGAGUGGGCCAGGCGGUGGCGCUGCGGGCCAAGGCCUUCGGCUUCGGCGUGAUCUUCUACGACCCGUACCUGCCGGACGGCGUGGAGCGGUCCCUGGGGCUGCAGCGCAUGUCCACUCUGCAGGACCUGCUGAUCCACUCGGACUGCGUGUCCCUGCACUGCAGCCUGAACGAGCACAACCACCACCUCAUCAACGACUUCACCAUCAAACAGAUGCGGCAGGGCGCGUUCCUGGUGAACACGGCGCGGGGGGGGCUGGUGGAUGAGAAGGCUCUGGCCCAGGCCCUGAAGGAGGGCCGCAUACGAGGAGCCGCCCUGGACGUGCACGAGACCGAGCCUUUCAGCUUCUCGCAGGGGGCGCUGAAGGACGCCCCGAAUCUGAUCUGUACCCCUCACACGUCCUGGUACAGCGAGCAGGCGUCUAUCGAGGCCCGCGAAGAGGCUGCCAGGGAGGUGCGCCGCGCCAUCACAGGCCGCAUCCCGGACAAUCUGAAGAACUGUGUGAAUAAGGAGUACCUGAUGGCUGCGUCGCAGUGGUCCAGCGUGGACCCCUCCGCCCUCCACGCGGAGCUCAACGGGGGCGCGUACGGCAGGUUUCCCGCGGGUCUGAUUGGGGUCCCGGCUGCUGCACUCAGCGCAGCGGGGGCCGGUGUGGAGGGCAUCGUUUCGGCGUCUCUGCCCCUGGCCCACGGCAUCGCCCCCGUGUCCCACCCCCCCCACGCCCCCUCCCCGGGGCAGCCCUCGAAGGCCGAGGCCGACAGAGACGUCCCAGCCGACCAAUAGCGGCCCAGCACAUUCCGUCGCCCCCGGAAACGCCCUCCACCUUUCAGACGAGCAGAUACUGGCACUGGCGCCCAGAUCCCCCCC